GGUCAGACGCACAAAUUGUCAGUGAUAACGUGUUGUAUAUAAGGUAAUGUUUUAAAACUACUGAGCAAACACUUCAGAUUUAUCGUCGUCUAAAGUUAAUCCUUAUAUCUCAACAAGAUGGCUUUUAAACUCGCUUGCUUGGUUUUGGCGUUGGCUGUGACCUGCUACGGCAUUCCCCACUACGGUGGCGGUGGCUACGGCGGUAGCCAAGGUGGUUACGGUGGCAACCAGGGCGGCUACGGUGGCAACCAGGGUGGCUUUGGCGGCAACCAAGGUAGUCGCGGUGGUUACGGAGGCGGCCAAGGCGGAUACGGCGGUCAAAAUGGUUUCGGCCAGGGUGGUUUCGGAGCUCAAGGUUUCCCACAACCUGGUUCAAACAUUCCUCAAGGAGCUGUAGGACCUAACGGCGGUUUUGGCCAAGGACCUCAGGGUGGAUUCGGAGGUCAACACACCAACAAUGGAUUCGGAUCUACUGGUGGAUUCGGAGGCUCUGGACCUAACAGCGGUUAUGGAUCCGGUGGCCACAGCUCUGGCAGCCAUGGACACCACGGACACCGUGGCGGAUACCAAGAACAUGGAUAUUAAAUAAUUGUGUGAUUUUGUGUAAAUAAGUUGAUUAUAUGUUUAAGGAAGAAGAA